UAGCCGGCGGUGAGGAGUAAGAAAUGCCGAAGGUCACGUCUGUAGAUGGUGCCUGGCUGGUAGAGUGACAGGAGAGAGGGGACCGGAGCCGCACAGCAGCAGCCAGCAUGCCUUAUAUACUGAUCAGCACCCAGAUCCGCAUGGAGAUCGGCCCUACAAUAGUUGGAGAUGAAUGCUCUGAUCCGCAGUUGAUGGAGCAGCUUGGAGCCAGCAAAAGGAUUGCUCUAGGAAAUAACUUCGCAGAGUAUGUUGUGAAUGAACCACCACGAGUGACAUUGGACAAGCUCGAAAAUCUAGGAUACCAUGUUAUCAGCAUGACAGGAGUUGGGCAGACUCUGGUGUGGUGUCUGCACAAAGAAUAGAUGUACUGAGCUUCAUAGGGAUCAGUUAAGGACGAUACGCUUGUGCCCAUUUACAUAGCAUGCUGCAUUGGUCCUGAAAGCCACAUCACAAUGCACACUAGAGGAGGACGUGGCUGCAGUACAUUCCAGAUGAAGUAUUGAUCAACAGACAGUGAUGGGGUAAAGGGAUGCUUCAUGAAAAUGCUAUCAUGGUAUAAUUGUAGUGUUCUGCUGUCAGUGUUUACAAAAUAAAGUAAGAUUUCAUGUUUCA